UAUUUAAAUAACACACACUUUCUCUACUCAUUCAAGUAGCUGAAAAAAUAGAAAGCCAAUCAUGAUGACGAUGAAGCUCAGAGGUGACAUCUUCAUGUCUCUCUCUCUUCUCUUCCUUCAUCUUCUUCUUCUACUUCAUCUGAAUCCAACAAGGGUAUCGGCAAAAACUCUAUCUAAUGAGGAACCAGAACAUGCCAGCUUCCCACCUAGAGGUUGGAAUUCCUAUGAUUCCUUUAGCUGGAUCGUUUCCGAAGAAGAGUUCUUGCAAAAUGCUCAAAUCAUAUCUGAGCGUCUACACGCUUAUGGAUAUGAGUAUGUUGUGGUGGACUUUCUUUGGUUUCGGAGAAAGGUCAAAGGUGCUUACACUGACUCUAAGGGAUUUGAUGUAAUUGACAAAUGGGGGAGGAUGGUCCCUGACCCAGAUAGGUGGCCUUCCUCUGCUGGUGGAAAAGGGUUCGCUGAAGUAGCCAAUAAAUUGCAUAGCAUGGGUUUGAAGUUUGGGAUUCAUGUUAUGAGAGGAAUAAGUACACAAGCAGUGAAUGCAAACACCCCUAUCUUGGACACAACCACGGGAGGUGCUUAUGAAGAAUCGGGCAGAAAAUGGAGUGCAAAAGAUAUAGGGGUUAAGGAAAGGGCGUGUGCAUGGAUGUCACAUGGUUUCAUGAGUGUAGAUACCAAAUUGGGAGCAGGAAGAGCCUUCUUGAGGUCACUCUAUGAACAGUAUGCUGAGUGGGGUGUUGAUUUUGUGAAACAUGACUGUGUCUUUGGUGCCGACUUGGAUAUAAAUGAAAUAAGCGUUGUGUCAGAGGUUCUAAAGCAACUUGACCGUUCCAUAUUGUAUUCGCUGUCUCCUGGAACUAGUGUGACCCCAGCAAUGGCCAAGGAUGUGAGUGGACUAGCAAACAUGUACCGGAUAACUGCGGAUGAUUGGGAUUCAUGGGGAGAUGUUGCAAGCCAUUUCGAUGUUACAAGGGACUUUUCUACCGCUAAUAUGAUAGGAGCUAAGGGCUUGCUGGGGAAGUCAUGGCCUGACUUGGAUAUGCUACCACUAGGAUGGCUUACUGAUCCAGGUUCAAAUGACGGUCCACACAGAACAUCUAACCUUAAUGCAGACGAGCAAAGAACUCAGAUGACUUUGUGGUCUAUGGCUAAGUCUCCUCUCAUGUUUGGAGGAGAUCUGAGAAAGCUUGAUGAGACCACAUACAACCUUUUAACAAAUCCUAUCCUGUUGGAGAUAAAUUCUUUUAGCUCAAACAACAUGGAGUUUCCUUAUAUUACUAGUACGAACGGUUUUAAGAGUAAAAACGAUGUUCUUGACGAGCAAUCAGGAAGAUGUCUGACAGAUGUAAGAACAUCUGAUACACAUUUUUUGAGUCUCACAAGCUGCACCACUUCAAAAGCAAUCGGGUGGUCUGUUGAAGCUCUGGACCAAGACCUUGAACAAAUCUGCUGGAAAGAACACUUAGGAAGCAAACAUCAAGAACUGUUUUGCCUAUACAAGAAAGAGCCUCUUUUGUCAUCAGAUGAAAAGAUGUCCUACAAACAUCAAUUUCAAGGAAAUCUCCAAUUAUUUGCAACUGACAGAAUGGACUUUUGCUUGGGUGCUUCUCCAACUCUAAAGCUUACUUCAAAAGAGUUCGAGAGAGGUGCAUUUUUACCUUGCAGACGGGACACAAACCAGAUGUGGGUGCUGAACUCUAAUGGAACCUUGGCAAAUAGCUAUUCUGGUCUAUGUGCAACAGUAAAUUCUGUUGAAGCUGAAGUCAGUUCUGGUGGAACUCGUUCUUGGGUUGCAACUGGAAGAAGAGGAGAAAUAUAUGUUGCAUUUUUCAAUCUGAACCCUGUGAAGACAGUAAUAUCUGCAAUGAUAUCAGACCUGGCUCGUGUAGUUCCUGGUAAAAAAUUUAAUGGAACUUCCUGUAACUGCAAAGAAGUAUGGAGUGGAAAAGACUUCGGAGUAAUAAAGCAGUCUAUAUCAAUGACAGUAGAAGUCCAUGGAUGUGCACUAUUUGUCCUGAACUGUUAUUAGCACCGUGGAUAAUCUUUUCAAAGAUGUAAGGAGUCAUCUUUGCUGUACUACAUGUAAGGCAUUAGUUAUAUGACAAAGCGCCGUGGCAAUGACAAUUCUUUGUGAGAAAUCUGUUGGACUCUGUUUCUGAUAUCAUUAUGUAUGUUCCUAUAUAUUCUUGGAAAUCCCUCCCUUCUAUGUUUCAGCAUUUGCUGUUUUAUGUAUUAGUUUUCUGAACUGCCAAAAUUUGGAAAGCUUUGUGAGAAACCUGUCGGCUCUGUUUGUAAUACACCCUAAAAUGAUGCAAAAUGUAUCAUUGUGCCUUUUUAGAGUA